AUGGCGACGAAGAAAGAGGAUUCCCUUUGUGCCCCCUCGCCGCUGCCAAAGUUAAGCAUCCCGCCAGGGGCUUCUGCGAAAGUACAAAUCAUCGAUACCACUUCGAGGAUCGAUGCACCGCUGGCCCUUUUCAUGCAGCCUGUGAUAGGAGACUUUGAUACUAUCAGAGGAACACCUGCUUUCAGCUUUCUGGUCGAACAAGUCUCGUCUCAGCGGAAAGUGGUGUUCGAUCUAGGAUUGAGGAAAGAUUGGCAGAACCUUCCUCCAGCUACUCUUGCCCUUGUCAGUACGCCAGGCUGGACCUUGGAGAGUGAGAAGAAUGUUUCCGAGAUCCUGCAAGAGAACGAUGUCGAUGUGGCAGGUGGAGCCAUCGAGGCAGUGAUCUGGAGUCACUGGCAUUUCGACCACAUCGGCGACAUGACCAGUUUCCCCGAGAGCACGGUUUUGAUAUCGGGAAAGGGAGUAGCUGAAGCCCUACUUCCUGGAUUUCCGACCAAUCCGGAAUCCCUACUCCUCGAAAGCGACUUCUUCGGACGCGAGCAUAGGGAAAUUGACUUCGGUGAUGAAUCCGGGAUCCAGCUAGGCCACUUCACUGCGGUAGACUAUUUUCAAGACGGCUCGUUUUAUCUCUUAAAUGCACCCGGCCACGCAAUUGGACACAUAUGUGGGCUGGCAAGGGUGACUUCUGCUCAAGAAGGGGCCGCGGAAGAUACCUUCAUUUUCAUGGGAGGGGACGCUGCCCACCACGGGGGAGAAUUUAGACCUUCUCAAUACCUUCCACUUCCCAAAGAGAUUCGACCAUCACCCUAUAAACAUAAAUACCCUAUAGCUUGCCCCGGUCAUGUCUUUCAGGCAAUUCAUCCUGGCGAGAAAGGAGAUGCGCCAUUCUAUCAUAUCGAAGGAGUUCUUCACCAUGACACAAAAGAUGCUACCCAAUCGGCUGCAAACAUGGCAGAAUUCGACGCACAUGAGAACGUGUUGGUAAUCGUUGCCCACGAUGCUACACUUCUGGAUCCGAGCAUCGGUAUCGAAUACUUUCCGAAUGGCACAAUGAAAGAUUGGAAGGCCAAAGGCUAUGCGAACCGACUACAUUGGGCUUUCUUGCAGGAUUUUGUCCAGGCAGUUGAGAACUAG